AUGGCACGAAGCUCACGGGGCGCCAACCAGCGCUCAACAUGGUCCAUCGCCUUCUACCUUCUCCUCGUCCUCGUCGGCGGUUUGAUGCUGGCUAAGACAGCACACGCCCAGGACCAGGAACCUAUCAAGGAGGACUCCAACGCUGUCUCCGGCCCCGUUAUUGGUAUCGAUCUUGGAACCACCUACUCUUGUGUCGGUAUCAUGAAGAACGGAAAGGUUGAGAUCAUCACCAACGACCAGGGUAACCGUAUCACACCUUCUUGGGUAGCCUUCACCGAUGACGAACGUCUUGUCGGAGAUGCCGCCAAGAACCAGUUCGCCUCCAACCCCGAACGCACCGUCUUCGAUAUCAAACGUCUCAUCGGUCAGAAGUUCAAGGACAAGUCUGUUCAGAAUGACAUCAAGCACUUCCCCUUCAAGGUCGUCAACAAGAACGGCCAGCCCAACGUCGGCGUUGAGGUUCACGGAGAGGAGAAGACCUUCACACCCGAGGAGAUUUCCGCCAUGGUUCUGGGCAAGAUGAAGGAGGUUGCGGAGAGCUACCUCGGCGAGCCUGUCAAGAACGCUGUUGUUACCGUCCCCGCCUACUUCAACGACGCUCAGCGUGCCGCCACCAAGGACGCCGGAACUAUCGCUGGUCUCAAUGUUCUCCGUGUUGUGAACGAGCCCACCGCUGCCGCUCUGGCUUAUGGUCUCGACAAGACCGACCAGAAGGAACGCCAGGUUCUCGUCUACGAUCUCGGUGGUGGUACUUUCGAUGUCUCCAUCCUCACUAUCGAAGAGGGCGUUUUCGAGGUCCAGUCUACCGCCGGUGACACUCAUCUCGGUGGUGAGGACUUCGACAACCGUGUCAUCAGCUACUUCACCAAGAAGUACAACAAGGAGAACGACGUCGACAUCACCAAGGACUCCAAGACCAUGGGUAAGCUGAAGCGCGAGGUUGAGAAGGCCAAGCGUACGCUCUCAUCCCAGAAGACGACCAAGAUCGAGAUUGAGUCUUUCUUCAAGGGCAAGGACUUCUCCGAGACCCUUACCCGCGCCAAGUUCGAGGAGCUCAACAACGACCUCUUCAAGAAGACCCUCAAGCCCGUUGAACAGGUUCUCAAGGACGCCAAGAUGAAGAAGAGCGACAUCGACGACAUUGUCCUUGUCGGUGGUUCCACUCGUAUUCCCAAGGUCCAGGCCAUGCUCGAGGAGUUCUUCGGAAAGAAGGCUCGCAAGGAUGUCAACCCCGAUGAGGCUGUCGCUUACGGUGCUGCUGUUCAGGGUGGUGUUCUCUCCGGUGACGCCGCUACCGACUCAGUCAUUCUUAUGGAUGUCAACCCUCUUACCCUUGGUAUCGAGACCACUGGUGGCGUUAUGACCACCCUGAUUAAGCGUGGUACUACUAUCCCCACCAAGAAGAGUCAGAUCUUCUCAACGGCCGCCGACAACCAGCCCGUAGUCCUCAUCCAGGUAUUCGAAGGCGAAAGAUCAAUGACUAAGGAUAACAACAACCUCGGAAAGUUCGAGCUUACCAACAUUCCUCCCGCUCCUCGUGGUGUUCCCCAGAUUGAGGUCACUUUUGAGCUCGACGCCAACGGUAUCCUCAAGGUCUCCGCCAUUGACAAGGGCACUGGUAAGGGUGAAUCCAUCACUAUUACCAACGACAAGGGCCGCCUUAGCAAGGAAGACAUUGAGCGCAUGGUUGAGGAGGCCGAGAAGUACGCCGAGGAAGACAAGGCCAACCGCGAGCGCAUUGAGUCCCGCAACAAGCUCGAGAACUACGCCUACAGCCUCAAGAACCAGGUCAACGACGAUGAGGGUCUCGGUGGCAAGAUCGAGGAGGAGGACAAGGAGUCUCUCCUCGAGGCUGUCAAGGAGACUCAGGACUGGCUCGAGACCAACGCUCACGAGGCUGCUGCUGAGGACUUUGACGAGCAGUUCCAGAAGCUGUCCGAUGUCGCCUACCCCAUCACCUCCAAGCUCUACGGCUCUGGUGGCCCCGGUGGUGACGAUGAGAUGCCCGAUGACCACGACGAGUUGUAG